AUGGUUUCCCCACAAGAUUCACCAUAUUUAGUUAAAACCCCUCUUACACAGAUUGUAUAUAAAUUACCUGUUACCGAGUAUCCUAAUCAUAAAUUUAUUGGAUGCUCAGAUAUAAUCGAUUAUGAAAUUCAUAACAAACUUGGGGAAGGAACAUUUGGCGAAGUUCACAAAGGAAUUCACAAAAAAACAAAUAAAGUAGUUGCAUUAAAACGAAUCUUAAUGCAUAAUGAAAAAGAAGGAAUUCCCAUAACCGCAAUUAGAGAAAUCAAAAUAUUAAAAAUGCUUAGUCACACGAAUGUGAUUAAUUUAAUCGAUAUGGCGAUUGGAGUUGACGAAUCCAAUUCCAACACUGAUGCAAAUAACGAAGCCCAACCAUCCAUUUAUAUGAUAUUUCCUUACAUGGAUCAUGAUCUAGCGGGAUUAUUAGAAAAUCCAAAAGUUAAAUUUACAGAAGCACAAAUAAAAUGGUACAUGAAGCAAUUACUUGAAGGUACUUUUUACCUUCAUCAACAUAAAAUUUUACAUCGUGAUUUAAAAGAUAAUAAAGGAGUUCUUAAAAUUGGGGAUUUUGGACUUUCCCGUCCAUUACAAGAAAAAUCACUUACUGGGUGUGUGGUAACCCGGUGGUAUCGCGCACCCGAAUUAUUAUUAAAAGAAAGGAGAUAUGAUACGGCUAUCGAUAUGUGGGCGAUUGGAUGUGUAUUUGGAGAAAUGCUAAAAGGAAGUCCUAUUCUUCGAGGAAGAUCCGAUCAAGAUCAAUUGGAUCUUAUAUUUAAAUUAUGUGGAACUCCCACCGAAGAAGAUUGGCCAGAUCUACUAGACAAAUUAUUAGUUUGUAAUCCACAAAAUCGAGCAACUGCUUUUGCAGCCUUGGACCAUGAUUAUUUCUUUACCGAACCUUUACCGGCUGAUCCAAAGGAGUAA